GCUUUUCAGUGAUAUCGUAUGUGUAGGGGUGUGACUUUGAAAACUUUAACUUCCUGGUUCUAAAAAAAAAACGUCUGCCAUUAAAAUUAGCACAUGUUAUGGACAUUUGAAAAGAAGUGCGUGUGGGCUAAUUAUUAAUGAUACUUUUUAUGAGUUUGAAAUUCAAAUGGUUUCUGGUAGGCCUAAGUGAAUAGCUCAGCAACAGUUAAGUGAGGUGUCAGGACUGUGUAAAAAAAAAAAAGCACAUUAAAUGAGAAUGCUAAAUACGAGGUUAUCAAAAAAUAUCCUCUGUAGUGGACUACCAGAUGCCACAACUGUGUUUUACCUACUGUACCUAUUGACCGUAAUCAAAGACAGCCCAGUAUGAAGAUAGGCUGAUCACACUUGUAGGCGACGUCAUGCGUAGAAACACUUCAUCCGGUCUAAUGGUCGUCUCGCGCCAAACUGCGCAUGUGCAAGCAGUCAAAUCAAAGGCACGCCUUCAAAAUAAAGUUGUUUUGACGAAAAUGAAAACGUGUCAGUUUGUCACUUUCACGAUGUUGGAGUUCAACUACUUAAAACAUUGUCUCGAAUCUACGUUGUGCCUUUAGAGAUCGAGAAAAUUAACAACAAAGAAAGAAUUGUUCGCUUCCCCCAUUGACUUCUCAAACCCCUGGCCUGUUCUGUUUGGUCUGUUUCCCAAGCAUUUCCGGAAGCAUCGCGAUGUCGCGCCUCUUGGUUUAGAAACUGUGUUGUAAUGUAACGUAUGUCAAAAUGACCACUACAGAGGACAAUUUUGCACUUACAAUAAAACAGAAAUAACAAUAUUUGUUCACAUGUUUUUCUUGGUAACAUGUUUAUAUUUCGCCCCAAACACUUAUGUCAUGUAAAAAAACUAAAACAAUCGCAAACUUUUUUUGUCGGUCUCAGGAGGAUAUUAUAAUAUUACUUAAAAAAAUAAAAUAAAAAUCUUUAACCUUUAUUUAACCAGGUAGGCCAGUUGAGAACAAGUUCUCAUUUACAACUGCGACCUGGCCAAGAUAAAGCAAAGCAGUGCAACAAAAACAACAGCCCAGAGUUACACAUAAACAAAGGUACAGUCAAUAACACUAUAGAAAAAUAUAUAUACAGUGUGUGCAAAUGUAGAAGAUUAGGGAGGUAAGGCAAUAAAUAGUCCACAGAGGCGAAAUAAUUACAAUGUAGCAUUAACACUGGAGUGAUAGAUGUGCAGAUGAUGAUGUGCAAGUAGAGAUACUGGGGUGCAAAAGAGCAAAAAGAUAAAUAACAAUAUGGGGAUGAGGUAGUUGGGUGUGCUUUUUACAGAUUGGCUGUGUCCAGGUACAGUGAUCGGUAAGCUGCUCUGACAGCUGAUGCUUAAAGUUAGAGAGGGAGAUAUGUCUCCAGCUUCAGUGAUUUUUACAAUUCGUUCCAGUCAUUGGCAGCAGAGAACUGGAAGGAAUGGUGGCCAAAGGGGGUAUUGGUUUUGGGGGUGACCAGUGAAAUAUACCUGAUGGAGCGCGUGCUAUGGGUGGGUGUUGCUAUGAUGACCAGUGAGCUGAGAUAAUGCAGGGCUUUACCUAGCAAAGACUAUAACCUAAACCGACAUAGGCAAUUUGCACCUUGCAGCUUAUCCCGUUUUGGGAAUAUUGCAGACUUAUUAUUCUGUAUCAGGCCUAAAGUAGAUACUUAUUUUAUUUGACCCAUUAAGUCUUCAGGUUCAAUAUCACUUAUUAAAUAAAGGCAUAUAGCAUAACCUUAAGCCCAUUUGGCCUCAUUAGGCUAUAUGUUGAACAAAAUACUUCAAAAUAAGAAAAAAAUAAAGACACACGCACUCACACACACAACACACACGCACACACACAACACUCACACACACACGCAGGCCCUGCAGAUAAACACAGGCUACAUGGUUACAUAGUUAUCUCAAAAUAAUAGGCCGAUUGUUAUAGACUAUUAGAAUACAUUGACAAUUUUAAAAAAGAAAGUUAAUAUAAGGGUUUCAAAACUAGUGGAUGAUCUUUUCACGUAGUCUAAAGGUCGGUGAAUUUGUCUGGCUUUAUGACAGUUCGGUGCUCCUGGCGUAUCCCACACACACCUGUCAAACCGCACCUGCACGCACAGAAAACACACCUCUGUAUGGGAUGAGCCCAAGGGUGGGUAAUGCGCUCUGUCUUAGUCUGCACCUGUCUGUCUGUUCUCAUACACCUCAUAGGCUACUAUUGAGAGAGUUGCGAUGCUCAAAUUGCUUAAAUAUCUGCAUGGUUCGGAGCUUGUGGCCAAGUUCCAGAGGGCAUGCGGUCUGUUCCUCAUCGAAGCCGCGCAUCAGAACGGAAACUGGGUGCACCCUCCGCGGGAGACGCCACUCAUAGACGCGGAAGCACCUCACCAACUUGCUCGACUGCGGUGCGGUAAUGGACACGUAAUUACCAAUGAAAAGGACAGCAACUCAAAUGACAAACACAAGGAAAAUGGAUACAGUGUUGGUGUGUCUGCUAGGCCCCAGUAUGAGGUGAGGAACCGGCUUCUAUACUUCUUGUUCCUGGUGUCGGCCGGGCUGGGUCACGAGGUCUUCUACAUCACCUUCCCGCCUUGCUUACACUGGAACCUGGACCCCUUCCUCUGCAGACGCCUUGUCAACAUCUGGACCAUGGUUAUGUACAUCGGCCAGGCCCUGAAGGAUGUGCUGAAGCUGCCACGCCCUCUAUCGCCCCCAGUGGUGAAGCUGGAGAAGCGUGUGGACGCUGAGUAUGGCCUUCCCUCCACCCACGUCAUGGCCACCACCGCCAUCUUCUUCACCCUACUCCUCAGCGCCCCUUCCAGGGUUCAAUUCCAGUUUGAAGUGGGUCUGCUUGUGGCGGUGGUGCUGUCUGUGUUGGUGUGUCUGAGUCGUCUGUACACAGGCAUGCAUUCCGCUCUGGACGUGAUCUGUGGUGCUCUAAUCUCAGCCACAUUGAUGUUGGUCACCUAUCCAUACUGGGAAACCUUCGACCGGCUCCAGCUCACCUCCCCACUCUCCCCCGUCGGGGCAUUGGUACUGGCUCUCUUCCUGAGCUACACCUACCCUGAGCUGGACCAUUACACCACCACGCGGGGGGACACCACCACCAUCCUGGGGGUGGGUGCAGGCUGUUCUGUGGGCUACUGGGUAAAUGAGAGGCUGGGGGAGACGUUUGAGCCCCAGGGGGUGCUACCCAUACCCCUGCCAGCACUGACACUGGGUGGCUUAGCCCUGGCCAGCUCCCGCUUUGUGGUGGGUGUCGUGGCGUUGGUGGCGACUCGACAGAUAAUGAAGACAGCCAGUCUGUGGGUGCUGUGCUCCUGGUAUGGAGUGUCAGUCAAAGACAUAGACGCCAGGAGAAGGAAGGAGAUCGAGGUGCCGUAUAAAUUCACCACCUAUACAUCUGUAGGCCUGGUCCACUCUAUUCUGGUCAAUAGACUGUUCAUAGUACUGGGACUGCUAUGAUCCAAUACUUUUAUGAACUGUUAAAAUAUAUACGCUACCAUUCAAAAGUUUGGGGUCACUUAGAAAUGAGAAAACAGUAUCAAACAGUUUCUCUGAAGGGAGUAGUACACAGCGUUGUACGAGAUCUUCAGGUUCUUGGCAAUUUCUCACAUGGAAUAACCUUCAUUUCUCAGAUCAAGAAUAGACUGACGAGUUUCAGAAGAAAGGUCUUUGUUUCUAGCCAUUUUGAGCCUGUAAUCGAAACCCACAAAUGCUGAUGAUACUCAACUAGUCUAAAGAAGGCCAGUUUAAUUGCUUCUUUAAUCAGAACAAGUUUUCAGCUGUGCUAACAUAAUUGCAAACGUGUUUUCUAAUGUUAAUUAGCCUUUUAAAAUGAUAAACUUGGAUUAGCUAACACAACGUGCCAUUGGAACACAGGAGUGAUGGUUGCUGAUAAUGGGCCUCUGUACAUGUAGAUGUAGAUAUUCCAUAAAAAUAUCUGCUGUUUCCAGCUACAAUAGUCAUUUACAACAUGAACAAUGUCUACACUGUAUUUCUAAUCAAUUAGAUGUUAUUUUAAUGGACAAAAAAUGUGCUUUACUUUCAAAAACAAGGACAUUUCUAAGUGACCCCAAACUUUUGAACGGUAGUGUAUAUAUAAAACAUUAUAGGAUCCUGUCAUCAUUCAAGUGUUGUGUAAGAAUGUUCUGACAUUUACAUAUUUUAUACAUCUGACAUUGAUUCUAUAUUUUUCACACAUCGUGUAACUUUGAAAUCCUGAAGACAAAUGAAGACUCAAUAUUACACUGAUUUUAUUUAA